GCGAGAGAGACUCACUACAAGUCGCCUCUGCUUGAAACCAACUCAAAUAUCACGAGAAGAGACACAGCGGAGCUGAGAGUAGCACGGAUAACCCGCAAAAAAAAUCAUCUUUUAAUUAAGUUUGGCCGUGUGGAUAUAUGUGUGUGUGUGAUAACAGGUGGAAAGUACGAACGUAGUUUGGCUAGUUUUGUUUUUUUACUUCUGCCGUGAGCUGCAUCACAUCAAGGUGAUCAUGCCUCCCACAACCCCCCCAUAUGCCGGAAAGUUUAGCUCUUGCGGCCUAUACAGCAACAACAACUACCCGCAGCCUCACAGCCCAUAUCACCAUGCCACCUGUGCAAGGCCCGCAAAGGAAAGCAACGUCUACAAGGGCGCCUACUCUGCGGCAGACAACCCGUACGACAUACCGCACGCUCACCACACGUAUUGCGGCGCACCUGUGGACUCCUCCAGCAUGAAGGAGCAUCAUUACAACAGCAGGGGUUCCGCUUUGGACAACCUGUACUCCAGCGUGCGGCCUCACAGCCCACGCCAGCACAGCACUUCCUGUCCCGCGCGAGUGCACAGACAAACCAGCAACAGCAGCGGCAGCGAGCAGUCCUGUCGUAGCAACCCCGCCGCAAAAAGUCGGCUUUACGGACGCGGCAUCACCGCCAGCUACGGGGAAAUGUGUUACCAUGACAACAGUUUGGUUUCAGCAUCUCUUGAAGCGUUGAUCCAACAUUUGGUUCCCACAGUGGAUUACUACCCUGAUAGGUCAUAUGUGUUUACUUUCCUGCUGAGUUCACGCCUUUUCCUGCACCCUUACGAGCUCAUGACACGAGUUUGUCACCUGUGUGUGGAGCAGCAGCGCUCUGGAGACGCCCUGCUGGAUAAGAUACGUUUCCGCGAAGUGGCGCCAAAGCUGGUGCAGCUGUUGACCGAGUGGACUGAGACCUUCCCAUAUGACUUCCGGGAUGAGCGAAUGAUGCGUUGUCUCAAGGACAUGACGCACCAUGUGGCCAGAGGCGACGAGUACUCAUGGCGAGCCAUGCAGCAGAUGACCCAUCGCCUUAUCAAACGCCUGUCUGCUCUCGGCCAAUACGAAGAGGCGAUAGCUGCGUUGAACUCCGUGGCGACCGAGCGUCCCGCCUCCCUGAAGAGCAAAAGGGAAUCAGCGCAAAGAAACGACAUACUGAGCGUAUGCGAUGACCCCUUCGUCCUCGCCCAGCAGCUCACGCACAUUGAACUGGACCGGCUGAGUUUUAUUGGGCCAGAGGAGUUCAUCCAGACAUUCGCCAUGAAGGACCCUCUGGAGAACCAUAAGGGUUUCUUCCGGAAGCGGAAGACCAGCAACCUUGAGGCUUACGUGAGCUGGUUCAACAGGCUGAGUUUCCUCGUGGCCACGGAAAUCUGCAUGCCAAUGAAGAAGAAGCACCGAGCACGGAUCAUCGAGUUCUUCAUCGACGUGGCUCAGGAGUGUUUCAACAUUGGCAAUUUCAACUCCCUAAUGGCCAUCAUCACCGGGAUGAACAUGAGUCCUGUUGCCAGGCUUAAAAAGACCUGGAAUAAAGUCAACACGGACAAGUUUGAAAUCCUAGAGCACCAGAUGGACCCGUCCAGCAACUUCAGUAACUAUCGCACUGCGCUCCGCGGCGCCACUCAGAGGUCCGAGACUGCACACAGCGUCGAGGAGAAGAUCGUCAUUCCUUUCUUCAGUCUCCUCAUCAAAGACAUCUACUUCCUGAACGAAGGCUGUGCCAGCAGGCUGCCCAAUGGACACAUCAACUUCGAGAAACUGUGGGAUCUGGCGAAGCAGGUGAGCGAGUUCCUGGUUUGGCGUCAGGUGAUCUGCCCAUUUGACAGAGACCGCAGAAUUCUUCAGUACCUCGUCACCACACCAGUCUUCAAUGAAGACGAGCUCCACCUGGCGUCUUACGAGAGCGAAGGACCAGAGAACAACAUGGAGAAGGACAGCCGUCGAUCUCUUCGAUCAUCUCUGCUGCAUCGAGAGAAUCGGUGAUGAGGACGAUCCCUUCCGCUCUAUACGUUGUAAAUACACACACGGUCGUACCUGCUUACGGGCAUCAAACCCUCCCGUCCCACCCAGUGGACCGCUCGUACACCAAGUGGACAAACUGCUUGCAGGAAGUGGACAGUCUGCCUCGUUGUCUUGUUGAAUGUGAGCAUGUACACAAGCACGGCUCUAAAUAUUCCUCAGCGCACUUUGACCGUGUUUUGGUGAAACAAUGGCGUGACGUCAUGCAAGCUAAGCAAAGCACUUCCUCGCUUCAUCAACGAGGUUUUAUGUGCGCUAUCAGCCAUCUUCCUCCAGUAUUCCAUUGUAUUUUGUAUCAAGCAUAUAACGAUGAAUGUUUUCACGUAUGUUGUAGCCAUGCUGGUGAACGUGUGGAUGUGAAUGGAGCACAGCUUUAACACUAAAUAGGAAACAAGUCGUCUCCUCUCGUCAUCUUCAUUUUCUUUCUUCGUGUAUAUAAAAAAAAUGUCAUUUUUUGUUAGAAAUGUUUUGUAAAGUGCUUUUUUAUGUUGUCUUUCCUGUGUAUUUUCUGUCUCUGGGUACUUUUACUGAAUUCUUUGUGAAAACAGAAAUAUAUAUAUUUUUUCUCCCAAAUAAAGAGGAUAACAACCAUACACUGCAUC